GCCUGUCAGUCACGUUUCAGGGCGUGGCCGCUGUCGGCAGCUGUCAGAUUCAGAAGCAGAGGGAACGGCAAAAACACGGGCGCGUCUAACGGGGCAAGGCGGAUAAAUGUGGUACAUUUCAGAGCAGGGAUGGUCCUCUGAGUGACAGAGAUAUUCCCUCAGCCAUCACCUGACUAUCCUGACCCUCCUCCCUUCCAUCAUCACCAUGGAGAUUGCUAACAACUACGUGCUGAUCCAUGGGAAGAACAUAUCCCAUAAUACCCUGGUGGGCUCUGCUGCGGUGCCCCACAUGUCCAUCGACAAGCUCUUCCCGGCUCUCCUUGAGUGCUUUGGCAUCAUAAUGUGCGGCUACAUAGCUGGCAGGGCAGACAUCAUCACAGAGAGCCAGUCGAAGGGUUUGGGGAACUUUGUGUCUAAGUUUGCUCUCCCAGCCCUGCUCUUUAAAAACAUGGUGCUGUUGGACUUUGGAGACGUCAUCUGGGCGUUUCUUUGGAGCGUGCUGGUCGCUAAGGUGACAGUGUUUGUGCUGGUGUGUGUGCUGACUCUGAUGGUGGCCAGUCCAGAAAGCAGAUACAGCAAAGCUGGCCUGUACGCCAUCUUUGCAACGCAGAGUAAUGACUUUGCUUUAGGAUACCCGAUAGUUGAUGCUUUGUAUCGGAGCACAUAUCCAGAAUACCUUCAGUACAUCUAUCUAGUCGCCCCGGUCUCCCUCAUGCUCCUCAAUCCCAUCGGCUUCGCUCUUUGUGAGGUGCAGAAGUGGAGGCAGUCCAGCCAUCCACAGCACAGCACUGCAGGCAUUGUAGGAGUUGUAGUCGUACAGGUGCUGAAGAACCCAGUAGUAUUCAUGGUGAUCGUGGGAAUCAUCGCCCACUUCGCUCUGGGCCAGCAGAUCCCUGCUGUCCUGUCAGAGUUCAUCGACGGCCUGGCUAACUCUUUCGGAGGGGCAGCUUUGUUUUACCUCGGCCUCACGAUGGUCGGCCAGCUCAGAAAACUAACCAGAGACACUGGAGUUGCCUUGAUUCUCCUCAUCACAGCCAAACUCCUGGUGAUGCCUCUGGUCUGUAAAGACAUGGUGGAUAUUCUGGAUGUUGGAGUGAACAGCACGAGUGCCAACCACACCAGUUUGUCCAACUUUGCUUUCCUGUAUGGAGUCUUCCCAACUGCACCCAGUGUGGCCAUCUAUGCCGGGCACUACAACAUGGAGCUGGAGGUGGUGACAUCAGGGAUGGUCAUCAGUACGUUUCUGUCUGCCCCCAUCAUGUACGUGUCAGCGUGGUUGUUAACGAUCCCUCUAAUGGACCCGACGCCCCUGGUGACAGAACUUGAAAACGUUAGCUUCAACAUCAGCAUCGUCUCCCUUGUUGCACUGGUGUGGACCAUUGUGGUGAUGUUACUCAGCAGGAAAUUUAACAGACUUCCUCACCUGUUUGCCUUAAAUCUUUUCCUGGCUCAGUUCCUGGUGUGUGUCAGUAUGAUCCUGUGGAACUUCUUGGUGAAAAAAGAAGAUAAUCUGGUCGGCAAAAUUCUCACCUUCACUCUGCUCUACGGAUCUCUGUACAGCACCUACAUUUGGACAGGUUUAAUCCCUCUCUGUCUGGCUCUGACUAACAGAGAUGACCUGCUGAGACUGAGACCAGGAGUAUUCAUGAUUUUGGGUUGGGGGGUUCCCUUCCUGAUGGUUGGAGGUCUUCUGAUAUCAGGAGAGAGGACUGACACCAUAGACUCUGCCUUCUUCUAUGGCAGAGCUCAGAUAAUCAGCACAGCAGUGGUGCUUGCAGUCAGCCUGGUGCUUGGUGCGAUUUCUCUGAUGGGACUCAGCCAAGGUGAGAGGGAGCAGAGAGGCUACCAGGCCCUGAGCAGAGCUGCUGUUGCAGGAAUCAGUGAUGAGCAGAGGGCCACUGGUGGCCUGGAAGAUCCACAACAACAACAACAGCAGCAGCCACAGGUGGCAAAUUCACCUGCCUGCAGCAUCAACUCAGACCUCCACACUUUCUCUCCUCUUCAGUCCCUACCUGACAUGAUCGCCAGCACGCAGAGGGAGCACACAAACAGCACAGGCCACAGUGGGGCGCUGAGUGACGGCCAACAGCAGCAGGGUCCUUCAUCUUCAGAGCAGCCGCUGAACCUGCCACCACCCGGGCCUCAGACCACCGAUGACAAACAGACAGUCAGACACGUUCUGCUCUGUCUGCUGCUCUUUGUCAGCCUGCUCGCGAACCUGUCCAGCUGUCUGUGGUGGCUGUUCAACAAAGAUCCAGGAAGACUUUACCUUGAACUACAGUUCUUCUGUGCUGUAGCCAACUAUGGACAGGGCUUCCUGUCCUUUGGGAUCUUUGGUCUGGACAGACACCUCAUCAUCCUGCCUUUUAAAAAGAGGUUGCUCUGGCUGUGGCAGGGCAGGGAGAGUGAUGAUUUGAGUCCCUCAGGUGUACCAGAGGAGGUGAGGCUCACCUGUACUCAGUUUGUCCGCUACCACAAAGACCAGUGUGUACAAGACCUAGUACACACACGCAGGUUUGGACGAGGAGGAGGACUGGAGGAGGAGGAGGAGGAGGCUUUGAGACAUUCCCUCUCCCAUCAGCCCCAGCAUCUACACUUGCAUCAGGAUUCUCAGGAGCAUCUAAACCAGAACCUGCACCAGAUUCACCAAAGUCACGAUCCAGCUGAAUCCUGUGACCAACGUUCGCUUCCAUCCCAAAUUCAGCUUGUGCCUGAGAAUGAACACCAAGCACAUAUUUACAACUCUGACAUCCCAGAGGAGCCGAUUUCACAGCUCCACUCUGACCAACACCUACCCCAGCAUGAUUUUGCCUCUAACCCACCCCAUCCUGAUCAGAAUCCUCAGCUCCAUUUAGAAAGUGUGUUUCGGGGCAGCGACUUGGUGGACUGGCUGGUUGAGCGGGGCCUGUGUGCCGGGCGAGCCGAGGCCCAACUGUAUGGUGUUCGACUUCAGCUGGGAGGAGUGUUAGAUCACCUGACAGGUCAGCACAGCUUCAGGGAUGAACCCACUCUGCUGUACCGGUUCACACAGGGGAGAGGGGAGGGAUGGUCCAGGAACAUUUGAGAGGAAGUGAGGCAAUAAGGAGGCAAAGAAAAGGAAGAGAUACCAAGCAGCAACCACCAUGGCUGAGGGCCAAAGCGGAAGUGCCUUAUGGUGCAUUUUAUCCAACAACCACUGGACUGGCUCUGGGAAGGCUAAUUGUUCUGAAGUCAGUGAAGCAGAUCCGUAACUUCUCUAAAACACGUCCCCUGGAAAAAUCAGAGAAAAUCACCCCUUUGUAAUUUGUGCGUUCCAGGAUGAUAUCAAGAAGUAUUUUUGAAGGUGUGUUUGCUGUAAUUGGUGGUUGCUGCUUGCUUGUCUGCUCAGUCUUCAACUAAAUUUGAAAACAUCCAAGAGUAAUUACAGACAGAAAAAGUGAUGACAGGGGUUGUGGAGAGAUUAAAGAAUAAGAGGACAGAGCGCUCCCUGCUGGUACUUCACAUCAUCA